GCUCUCGCCCGCCUUCCAGCCUCUGCAGCAGCCCCGGCUCCCUCCUGCCCGACAGCCUCCAAGCCUUUCCCGGCCUCGACUCGCCCAGCAUCCAGUGUGACAGCCUGGAGUGUCCCCCCUGCUCGUGCUGCUGCUGCUGCCGGAGCGCGGGCUCGGCCGCAGCCAGCGAGGACAGCCUGCAGGCCCCUCUCGCCCGCUGCUCCGGCUCACGGUGCUUCGGCGCGCACCGCAACUCCAGCGACCUCUCCGACAGCCUGGAGUCCUUCAUCCAGCACGACAGCCUCCAGUCGCUCUCCAGCCUGGGUGUGAGCUCCUCCAGUAUCAGCGGUGAUAGCCUUGAAUCCCUUUCCAGCCUGAGCCUGGGGGCCACCAGCCAGCAUAGCGAUCUCGAGUUCAUCGGCCAGUGAGUCUGCCUUCAGCUUCCCGCACAACGCCUUACUGCUGGCCCUCUGCCAGCUGCCCUGAGACCUGCCACGUUUCUGCCCUUCGUUCGAAGGAGACAUUGUUCCAGGUGAUCUUUGCUGUACCCAGUGCAAUAACCUCAGACCUUACAUUCCCAAACUAAGUGCUUCAGAGGGGUAGUGCUCAUUAUUAGCUGCAGUGUUAACGCUGAUUUUUUUGUCACCACUUAAGAAUGGAAGUGCCUGGUCCUCAGAGGAAUCCCAGCUACCUCUCAGAUCUCUAUGAGAACAUGUUAAGGGCUGAAGGAGCAGUGGCACGAAGGCAGCAGCAGCCCCCAGCAGUCCAUACAAGUAGCAGCAAGACUUUUCGGAGCAGUGGCCCAGCCAGGGAGAGCCCCCAGCCAAAUAAUCAUGGGAGCAGCACCUCUUCCAGCUGUGACCCAGCCCUGCGGCCCAUCAUGCGUCGCCGAGCGAGGUCCCUGCCGACAUCACCUGAGAGGAGGAAGAGAGCAGCAGUGCAGUGUCAGGAGCCCGGCUGCCGCAUGAACAGGGUCAGGUUUGCUGAUGCUUUAGGCUUGGAGCUCACUGAAGUGAAAGUCUUCCAGACUGGGGAGGAUCCAUCCAUCCCUUUGCACGUCCUUUCCCGGCUCUCCAUAAACUCAGACCUCUGGUACAGCAGCUUGAACUUGGAAUUUACUAUGCAGUGCUUGGUCCCUGACUUCCAGCAGCCUGCAGACUGUCUGGAUUUCUCAUCCCGACUCCAGGAGCAGCAGGUGUGUCUGGAACGGGUGAGCAGCUCAGAUCUGGGGCUCAGUGGCACCAUCCAGGUUCGGAAUGUUGCCUUUGAGAAGCAGGUGUCCGUGCGCUACACCUUCAACCAGUGGGAAAGCAUCCAUGAGGUGUGUGCUCAUUGGAACUGCAGCAUCCCAGAGGAAAACGGGCAGGAUCAGGUUGAUGUGUUCACUUUCUUUCUUCCUGUGCCUCCAUUCCUCCUUCAGCUGAGCACUCUCGUCCAGUUUGCAGCAAGGUACCAAGUCAACGGCCAGGAGUACUGGGAUAACAACAGAGGCAAGAACUACACCCUCAGGUGCCGGACUCACCCCCUGAAGCUGCCAAGGGAGUGUGAGGAGAGCUGGAUCCACUUCAUCUGAGCAGAGGGAGCAGUGCCGAGCAGUGUGUCAGUGGCCUGGUGGCACUGUCCCUUGGCAUGGCACUCUGCUCCUAUGGCAACGGCCUUCUUUUUGAAACCUGCCAAACCUGGCUGAGUGUCCCAGGGCUGGGAGGCAACCACUGGCCUGUACCAACUGCCCUAAACCUCUGGGAAAGUUAAAAGGGCCAGAAUCUGUAGUGAGAUACCAUCAUGGAAAAGCCAUGUGGGUUUUUUGGGUGCAUGAGUCAUUGCAGAAUGGUUCCCAGGAAUGCUGUGAGGCUACCAGAGAGCAAAACAACACAUUUCUUGUUGCUAGUGAUACUCUUGGUUGCAUAGAAUGUUUCUAAAUGAUCUCUCUUACCAUUUUCUAUUGUUUCUUUUCUGAGUGGACAGUGUGGCUUAACUGGUUUUGUUUCUAAUUUUGUUUAUAUUACUUCACCAAGUCAGGGCACUAUUCCAUUUAUGCAUAAUUUGGAUGACAGACACUGUAGGGAGUACUUGUAUUUAUAUACCUAUGUUAUUAAGGCUGUAGUCACGUUAAAUAUUUCCAUUAAUAUCUGAGUUGGAAAUUCAAUGCUACUAUGAGCAAAACAUACAUGAACAUGUGCCAAUACUUGCUUUCGUGCCAGAAGGAUGUUGCUGUCUUCUGGGACAGACUGUCAUGUGCUAGCAAAUGUCAGAGCUGAGUGUUCCCUUGGCCAGGUCAGAUUGUAUAGCUGGAGAAAGGUUCAUGCCAGAUGUAGCACAGUGUGAGAGGGGUGGAGAAAUGAAUGUCUCAGCAGUCUCAAUUGGGCUUCUAUUGUCUUCCUUCCACAGCCUCUCAGGGUUUUGGCAUGUGCAAGGUCUUGAAUACUAAGUACUGAAGCAUUAUUCCAGGUUUCCUUUUGCUCUGUGCUGGUCUGCACUGCUGGAGAAGGGCUGACAGUGCAGUUCUGGCACUGCUGGCUCAGUGGAGCCGUGGAGCUGAGAGCCAUCUCUGGGUUAAGCUGCUAAAGCUUCACACCAGUACUGACACCUGUCACAGCAGAGAUGAUAUUUGCACUUAGGUUUUAUUGCCACACUCAGUAAUGAACAUCAAAUGGCUUCUGGUUGACAAAAAUGGGAUUAAGCCACUUAGUGCUAAUAUGCACCUGUUGUGAAGGUAAACUUACAGCACGUUUUUAUCUUCUCAGGACAACCUGACUCCUUGCACUGUGUUCAAAUUGAGCACUUCCCUUAUAAUGAGGAUUUUGUUCAAGUAUUAUCACCAUAUAAUGCACUUUUAAAAACAUGUAUUUAUUAUUGUCAUACAGUAAAUGAAUGUCACAGUUUCAAGGUUUUUCCAAGCAUGUUUUUUAAAGAAACAUGAAAUCCAUGUAAAUAAAAAGGGGUUGUACAUCACAGUAUAUCAAUGAAGCACAUAUGUUGGACAAAAGGUCCACCAGUUGUACAAUUGCAAAGUGCAUAAUUAAUUUUAAAAAGCAAUAAUAAAACUAUGCCUAUUGUAAUACAGAAGAUUGAAAUAAAAGCUUUUCACAAUUUUCUGUUAUUUCUGUCAAGAAAGCUCAUGAAAAAACUUAAUUUUGAGUUGCCACUUGAAAGAGUAACAUAUUCUGGAAAGUAAGGUGGGUUUGAGUUGCUAAACAAUGAACAGCACCUGAUAAAGAUGCAGUGAUCAUUGUAUGUAUCUCAAAGAUUGGGCUGUCACUUCCUGAUGGAACCUGUUGUCCUUUCACCUCAGAAUUCCCUGCCUGCAGGACCUGCAGGAUUGAGAUCUAAUUUUGGAAAAAGACUUGAUUCUUAUACAGCUUCAUGGAAGAGAGGAGAAGGGGCUUUUCCUCAGAUUGCACUUUCUAAAUCUGUGCUAGACUUAACACAUUCAUUUCUGGGCCUCACAA